AUGGUCACCCAGGCGAUCCAGUCGUUCAUCAUGAACCCGGCGCACCACGACGCGCUGGCCGUCCUCAAGGGCGCGCGUAACGGUCUCGUGUACGGUGUCAAAGUCCGUUUCCCCCACGCGCUCGUCAUGGCCGCGCUGUUCAGCCACAAGCCAUGGCCGACCCGUGUCCACGGUAUCCUCUCGGCAACGCGGCACCACGCCAUGUCGCUGGCCAAGUUUGCGACCAUUUACAAGGUCAUGUUGCUCCUCCAAAAGAAGCUCAACGGAGGCAUCGAGCGUGACCUCGACACAUUCAUCGCGGGCGGUAUCGGCGGCUGGUGGGUGUUUGGAGAGCGUACACCUAUCAACGAGCAAAUCGUCCUGUACAUCAUGUCCCGCGCGAUCCUCUCCUUGAUCCCUCGCCUGUACUCGAACACAGCCAACCCCCCGCGUUACCCCAUGCAGCCGCUGGACCACCCCCUCCCGGCGCUCACUUCGCCCGAGGCCAACCCCAGGCCCAUCCCCCCCGCGCCCGUGCCCUUCACCAUUGUGGCAUCCCUGUCGUGGGCCAUGAUCAUGUACAUGUUCCGCCACCGCGGCGAGAGGCUGCAGCCCGGUAUCGUCAACUCGAUGCGUUAUAUCUACCACGAGUCGGACACCUGGCACAACCUCAAGACGCUCUUCUGGCACAACAAGUAA